AUGGAUCUGUCACACCAGCGUGUUGAGCAGUCUCAGGUAACUCUUCCUCGUGAGGAUAACGAUAUAGAUGGUGAUAGUAACGAGGGUACGGAAUCGGUGAGUGUGAUAGAGGAAAAUUGCGUAAUGGUUAUGGAAUUAGGGUUGGAAUCCGGAAGCGGUUUUGCUGAGAAUAUAGGUGAUGUUAGUGAUAUCGAUAUCAACAACGAUUUUAAUGAACCUGACGACGACGAUUUCUUUGCGGAGAGGAGGGAUUCUGGGCUUGAGUUUCGCGAUGUCACAUCGACGGAGAGUGGUAGCCGGUUAAUUCCAAUCGAAAUUAGCUCUGAUGAUGAGGAUGAUGGUAUUGAGAAUGAGAGGGAUAUAUGGGGGAUCGAUUCGAAUGAAGAAGAUGAAUAUGUGAACAAUGAGGACGAUGAUGAUGAUGAAUAUGAAGAUGAUGUCAGCGUGACGAUCCCUCUGUGGUGGGAUUCGCUUCAGUUAGAAGAUCGUGCUGAGGAAUUUGAAUGGGAAGAAGUGGAUGAAGGUGGCGGUGAUGAUGUUGCGGACGAGAGAGAGAUACUAAGCGUUUUUGCAGAAGCUGAUAUCGACGGCGAGUAUUCGGUUUCUGUAUCCGUCUCGCCGAUGAUCUCUUUAGAGGAUUUAGCGGCGGUUGAGAGAGCAGAGGGAUCGGGAAACCUCGGGUGGGAGGUUUUGCUGAAUGGUCAUACUCUAGAGAUCAACCUCGAUAUGGAAAACAGAGAGGAAUACAUUGUUGAUGGUGAUCAUGAUGAUUACAUUCACACAACCGAGUAUGAGAUGUUGUUUGAGCAGUUUGCUGAAGCUGGGAUUGCGAAUCUUGGUUUACCUCCAACUUCCAAAUCUUUUGUCAAGAAUCUCCCAAUGGUUCGAUUGGAAGUCGGAAACGGUGAAAGCGAGAUCUGUGCGGUUUGCAAAGAUGAGAUGAGUAUCGGGAACGAGGCGGCUCAAUUGCCUUGUAAUCAUAAGUAUCAUAGCGAAUGCAUUGUGCCGUGGCUCAGAGUGAGGAACACAUGUCCUGUUUGUCGCUAUGAGUUGCCUACAGAUGAUGCAGAGUAUGAGCAAAGGAAGAGCCAGAGAACAACUACUGCUCAUGAUUUGGUUCUGUAA